AUGAAGUCUUCCAUCGCAACUUUGCUUGCCACUGCCUCUCUGACCUAUGCUCAGACGGCUACUGAGAAGGAGCCUUCUCUUUCUGCGAUAGAAUCUGCAGCAGCCUCCAUCAAGCCUUACUCUCCAGUUUCGAACGUUGAGGGUGUUGCAUUCAAUCGCUUCUUCCAAGUGUGGCUUGAAAAUAUUGACUACGAGGAUGCUGCGGCAGAUGCGAACAUGAAAUGGCUGGCCUCGCAAGGGAUCCUGCUCACCAAUUUCUACGCAGUCACGCAUCCUUCAGAACCAAACUACUGCGCUGCUGCUGGAGGUGACACAUUCGGCAUGGACAAUGACAACUUCGACCAGAUUCCUGCCAAUGUCUCUACUAUCGCUGAUCUCUUGGACACCAAGAACAUUGUUUGGGGAGAGUAUCAGGAGCACUUACCUUAUCCCGGAUUCCAGGGGUUCAACUAUUCCAACCAGGAGACUUAUGCCAAUGACUAUGUGCGCAAGCAUAAUCCAUUGGUCUUGUAUGAUUCUGUCACCAAGAACAGCACUCGUUUGCGCCAGAUCAAGAACUUUACCAGCUUUGAGGACGACCUGGCCAACAAGAAGCUUCCUCAAUGGGCUUUUAUCACUCCAAACAUGACUAAUGACGCCCAUGACACCAACAUUACCUUUGGAGCCAAAUGGGAGCGAAGCUGGAUUGCUCCCUUGCUUAACAACUCAUACUUCAUGAAUGACACCCUGAUCCUGCUUACCUUCGAUGAGGAUGACACUUAUCCUAAGGGCAACAAGAUCUUCAGUGUUCUUCUUGGUGGUGCCAUUCCCGACGAGCUGAAGGGUACUCAGGAUGAUACUUUCUAUACUCACUACUCAGUCAUUGCUUCUGUGUCCGCGAAUUGGGGCCUUCCUUCUUUGGGAAGAUGGGAUUGCGGCGCGAACAUCCUUGAGAUCGUGGCAAAUAAGACGGGAUAUGUCAACUACGACGUUGACACAACCAAUCUCCGUCUCAACGAGACCUACCCUGGUCCCAUGUCAGCGGGCGAAUACUCGAAAUACUCCCCUGUCUGGCCGAAUGCCUUGACCACUGGCAACUGCUCUGCUGGCCACGGCAUUUUGGACAUUGUCAAGGAGACCUACGCCAACACGAAGCCAACAUACAACUACACGAGCCCCUUCCCCUAUGACACUGCGAGUGGCUACAACACCAAGGUGACUGCCACCAAAAAGAAUGCCACCGGUACCCAUAAUGGUACUCCUUCCUCCUCUCCAUCAGCUAGCUCCAACGCCGCUGUUUCUGCUGUCGCUCCUGCAGCCGGUGUCUCUGGUCUCCUCUUGGGACUUGCUCUGAGCCUGCUUUAA